CCCUCCAAUUCUAGGGCAAACAGGAGCCAAGAUCCAAAAUCAAACGACCGCAAAAGAAAUGCGUUCGUGCGGCCGUAGGAGUCCGAGUGCUUGGCAACAGGCAAGAUCCCAGUGGCUGAUCUUCUUCGAGAUACAAAACUGGACAACAAGCAGCCAUCGGCAGGCCUAACGCCCGCUCAAAGGUCCUUCUGUAUUCUCAACUUUCCACCACCGGUGGCCUGUUACGAAAUGGUGUUCCGACACCUAAAAAAAGUGGGCGCUGUACUUGCUCCACCCCCGCCGACCUCAGACGAUGGCCGCGAUCAAUGGCCUUCUAGAGCCGCCUUUCUUUUGGCUGCUAUGGGUGGCUGCGCAGGUCAGGGUAACCUAUUACGGUAUCCAUCAGUAGUGUACAACAAUUACGGUCUCCAGUGGUUCAUACCUUAUUUAUUGGCUGUAUUUUUGAUCGCAAUACCAUCCCUGAUUUUGGAGGUAUCGAUUGGACAAGCCUAUCGUGGCGGUACUGUCAUCGCGUUCAACAACAUUAAUCGCCACUUGAAAGGAGUAGGCCUUGGGCCUGUCCUUGUCAGCUUUGUUGUGGUGCAGUACUUCACGGUCAACCUAGCCUGGAUCAUGAGCUAUUUCCGUCACAGCUUCACAAGCCCACUACCCUGGGCAGGUCGACUCGAAGAAUUCUAUUGGACAGACGUCCUUUCAGUCGGUAAUAUAACGGAAGGCAGCCUGAGCGCUAGCGGUGACUUAGUCGUAUCUUAUACAAGCUUUCCGCACGUAAAGAUCGUCGGGGAGACUCUGGGAUGGUCCGUGUUUGUUUGGUUCCUCAUUUGGCUUUCCAUCUUCCGCGGAGUUGGCAUGACUGGCCGUGUUGUGUACUUCACAAUGGGCCUACCUAUCGUCACCACAAUCAUCUUUGUUGGCAGAGCACUAUCGCUUGAGAAUGCCGGUGAAGGCGUCGCCCUCCUUUGGACGAAUUUUCGAGUCGAUCAAUUGGCUACCGGGACUGUAUGGCAGACCGCUGUCGGACAGGUGUUUUUCUCGACUGGGAUUGGUUUUGGCUAUUUCACCAGCUACGCCAGCUAUAACCAAAAGCACGCUAACGCAGUGAUGGAUGCGAUCCUCAUAUGUGGCAGCAACGUGCUAUUUGAAAAUUUUGCAGCAUUUUCAGUCUUCGGAGUUGUCGGCUAUCUGCGACGGUGGCCGGAAGACGGCGUUCGGCUCGGUGCGUUUGUCGUAGGGUUCCUAACCCUACCUGAAGCCGUGCUCCAGAUGCCAGGCGCCAAUUUCUGGGCAGUCUUGUUGUUUUUCACUCUCAUAGUUCUGGGAUUCAGCUCUGCGUUUGUCAUGCUGGACGUGGUCGUCACAUUGAUCUGUGACUCUGGCAUGACCAAGCUUUCACGGCCCUGGGUAGUCACCAUACUUACUGUGCUAUCAUUUCUCAUGUGCAUUCCGUACUGCACUGAGUUUGGCUACUACCUACUGGAUGGAGUGGAUCGCUGGGUCAACAACGUUGCUCUCAUCUUCGUGGUCUGGACCGAGGUGUCCAGCUCGACCACGGUAUACCGAUGGUCUGAUGUCGUUGAGCAAACUGGCCUCCCUGCAUUUGCCAUCUACAACUUCGGCUUCUUCGGAGGUCAAGUUUUUGGUAUAAUUUUAGCGCACGGCGUUAAAAGCCCUGGAGCUGGGGCGUGUGCGGGAGUUGGUCUGUAUGUUCUUUGUGCAAUUAUUGCAGUCACCGUUGCACGUCGGCCAGAUGUUGCGGCUCCUCGGUUUACCAGAUGGGAUAUCUGGAACUUGAACGCUGCUGUCAGAAAGUUCUGGUACCUCGCAUUUUACUCUGGCAAUCAGAUCCGCCGGGACCUCAAUCUUAUCGUUGGAGUUGGGAAGAAUUGGAAGAUUCCUUCGUUCCUGCCUAUCCUCCUUCGCUACAUUAGCGGCCCAGUCCUCGCAAUAAUCUUCUCAUUUGCUUACCCUGAGUUUCAUACUCUGAGGUAUGACCCUAUGAUGAUAACUGGAUUUAUCAUUGCGCAUCUCACAAUGCUAGCUAUCAUCCUUGGGUAUGCAAUUCCGAGAUAUUAUGAUGCACUGAUCCCUGUUGAACGGCGUGGGGAGGGCACGGAGUCGACGAUGGCGAUGGAGACCAAGGGUGAACUUGGCGGGAGGCCGAUCGCCAACAUGGCAGAGAGGGGCGAAGCACUGCCUGAAUACGAAAGCGAUGAGGACAGGGCAAGAGCGAAAGUGGCAAAAUAGUCAUCCUGAUGCCAGCUUUGGCCGGAAAGGAAGCAUGGAAUAUUCGGAGGUACGGUCCGUUGAUCAAUUUGCCAGUGCGGUACUCC